CUAAAUUUUAGGUUGAUGUCUCGAGAACGAUCCGAAUCAGCGCAAAAUGUUGCAAAUCAUAUCGAAAGUAUCAAUGAUGGAACACCACUAUAUUAUUGUGAUAGGAAUAACAAAACAAAUACUAACACCAAAAAAGUCGAACAAUCACUUUAUGCUGUAUCAGCAGUAACAAUAGUAUUCAUAAUAAUUGAAUUCUUGGGUGGUUAUUUUGCAAAUAGUUUGGCAAUUAUGACUGAUGCUGGUCAUAUGGUUUCGGAUUUGUUAAGCUUUUGUGUUGCUAUUAUUGCUAUUAAAUUAGCACAAAGAAAGCCAACAAAACGUUUACCAUUUGGAUAUUAUAGAGCUGAAAUAUUGGGAGCAUUAAUCAGUGUAAUGAUGAUCUGGGCGUUAACAGCUAUACUUGUAUAUGCAGCUAUUGAAAGAAUAAUUGAACAAAAUUUUGAUGUUGAUGCAACAGUUAUGUUAUAUACAGCAGCAAUAAGUGUUAUAUUUAAUAUAAUUAUGGGUAUUAUCUUACAUUUUGGGAAAACAACACAUUCACAUUUUGGAUUGUCACAUAAUCAUCAUGGACAUAGAAAUGAGAAAACAUUUCCCAUUGAUUUAGAGGAAGGUACAUGUAAAGUUUAUCAGAAUGAUAUGAAAAAUAUUCGUUGUGAGCAGGAUAAUAAUGCGAAUAUUAUUAAAACAAUUGAUGUUACCGAUCAUGAUCAUCAUAUAUUGGAAUUUGGGAGUAAUAUUAACAUUCGAGCUGCAUUUGUUCAUGUUCUCGGUGAUUUAUUGCAAUCUUUGGGUGUACUAUCUGCUGCAUUAAUAAUUAAAUUUACGAAUUAUCCUCUGGCAGAUCCUAUUUGUACAUUUGUUUUUUCAAUGCUUGUUAUGCUGACAUCAUUUUCGGUAGCUCGAGAUUCAGUACUUAUUUUGAUGGAAGCAUCUCCGAAACACAUUAAUGUGGACAAACUUUAUAAUGAACUGUGUGCCAUUGAAGGAGUCCGAGACGUGCAUUCGCUUCGAGUAUGGUCGCUAACUAUGGACAAAGUAGCGAUAUCAGUGCAUCUCGAUACUGAAAAAAGUUGUGACUCGAAUCAUGUGGUGCAUGAAGCCAAUGAAAAGUUAAAAUCCAAGCAUGGAAUUCACUUUAUCACUAUCCAGGCACAAUGUAUAUGCAACCGGAGUGUUUCACGCCAAUCAUUUUCAACUGCAGCAACAGCAGUCCAGGAUAUUCUGAGGAAGUAGGAAGUAUUGCAAUCUUAUUGCAAUGCAAAUUUUCGCACCAUUAACUAAUAAUGAUUUUUGGGCCAUUAAAUAAGAAUGAUUAGAGAAUGCAACGAUAUUUCGCUCAAACGGGUUCCAAUUUAACGUCCUUGAACGUUUUAUAAAAAUAUAGCGCUAUCGAUCGACAAUAUGAAGAAUUAACAGGGAGUGUUACCUCGAGGAAGUAAGAAUGGUGUUAUCAGAUCCU